AUGAUGUUGCUCCAGCGCAUGGCGUCGCUGGAGUCAAAGUUUGAGCAGCUAAUUGAGCGCCUUGAUACAGUGACUUCGCCCAAGAAAGAAGCUCCGCCUCCCGCAAAGCAGCCCGUGGAUCCUCCAAGUGAACACACCGAGUGGAAUACGCACCAUGUGACGAAUGUAUCAAGCAUGCUCAGCAUGUUCCUACAGCCGACUGACGUACAUCAACGCCGUCGUGUGCUACUAUGCAUGCUUCACCAUAUGCCACCUGCGCCUUUGCUUGAUGCGAUUUUCGAUUCGUUUCGGCAUGAAGUACAAUGGAUCAAUGGCAUUGUGGACAAGGCUUACCUUCAGAGCUGCAUGAGUGACAUUGUCCUUCUUCAAGAUGCGUUGCGAGAAAAAAGUGAUUUUUUCAACCAAUUGUGCUUGAGUGAUUUGUCGCGCUACAUAUACUCAGUCGCGGUUAGCUUGUCUAUAUGUGCGACGGCGGUCGUAUUUUCUCGUGAUGCGCAAUUGAAUGCGUUCCAAGGCAGCACGGAUUCAUUACCACUGUACCAGCGGUAUAUCCGCGAAGCCCUUCUCGGUCUGUCGGCAUUGUCUGUGUUCGAUGAGCCCAAUCUCAACUUCGUUAUUAUCAUGGUACUGGUCCUGUCGUGUUUAUCUUUUUCGCGGUUGCCAGGUAUUGCGUCUGGCAUUAUAUCACAUGCGGUUCAGGUUGCUUUCCUGCUUGAUUUGGACAUGGAGCCGCCUGAGUCAAUGUCAUAUGAGGAAGCAUAUCGUCGGGUGCAGUUGUAUUUUGUGCUAUGUGCACAUGACUGGUUUUCAACGAUGGCCAUCAAGAGGUACCCGCUCAUACCAAACGAUAAAGAGCGACUUCCCUCUUUGUUUGGCUCUGCAGAGCAGCGGUCGAAGUACCUUUCGCCAUACCAGCAAAUGAAACUGAAGCUAGCGCAUUUGUUCUGCCGCUCGUCACCUCUUAUUAUCCCCCAGAAAGAAAACUAUGCGUACAUUCGACAACUCCACGAUGAAGCUCUCGAAGUUCAGUCGUCCAUGCCAAAUAUUUGGCUGGACCCGCACAACUCGACCAUGUCGACCUUGUGUGCCAAGAUGCAUCGCAUGUUCGGCGAGGGCGCCUUACAUUACCUGCUGCUGCGCAUUCACCUUCAAUACUACAUGCGAGGCUGGGACGAUGAAACAUAUGCACUAUCGCGCGAUACAUGCUAUGCGAGUGCGCGAAGCUUGUUGCGUCUGUUUCGUGAAGCGUUCAGCUGGAAAAUUCGUAAUGAGGGCUGUGGGAAUGCUUGUGAAUCGUUCGUGCCUGAUGAAAUCUCUGUGCCCGCACGCAUGUGGUACUUUAGUCACUGGUGCACAGCCGCUGCGCUGCUCUUGCUCAAGCAUGUCACAAUGCUGAAUGAACGCAACGGGCACGCAAGCUGGGAUCAUGAGCGGGAAAGUAUUGUCGAAGACUUGUGUAUUAUGAGCCGUCUGUUUCAGUACCUGUCUCCUGUUCUGAGCUAUGCUCGUGAAGGUUACGAUGCGAUGCAGCGCGUCGCUUCACAUGCACUACAAAAGGACAUUGAUACAGCCCAGCUCUCAAACACAAACUGCGUCACACAUUGGGCUGAUCGCAUCAUGCCACAUCGCACUCAUGCGCCUUCGUCUGAGCCUAUGUCUGUGCUUAACACACUCUCGAAGCGGAAUGAGUUUAGCAGCGUCGCUCAUUCCACGUCACAGGCUUCAUCGACUCCAUCAAUCUCGUCCCAUCCCUGUUCAUCCCUUGAGAGUGCGACAACAGGGCUGUCCAGUGCUCAGCAGAGCCCCAACUUCCGGGCGCCUUCGAACACUUCAUCUGUUUCUGGGCCCAGCUCUGAUGUCAAAUAUGGAGUUGGACACAUUCUGGCCCAAAUUUGCUGCACCACAAGUUGGUUGAUUAACACAGCUGCAACAGGCUCGCAACAAGAUAUGCCUUACCCAGUGUUGCCUGAACCCUCUAUGUUUUUGAUGCAAUCUCAUCAGGCGCCUAUUCCUGUCGAUGCAGACAUGGCGUUGAUGCUCCAGCAAAAGGAUUUGUUGGAUACGGACCCCCUGAGCUCGAAUGUUGGAAGCCUCACACCAUUUGCUGAUGACUUUUUGCGUUCUCUAGACAAUAUCCCACCUACGCUGGACUCCAAUGCUUCGGCGCCCCUGCCGAUUCUUUAA